CAACAUGAAGGUGUGAAAUUUUAACAUGUUCGAACAUAACGGAUUUAGAACUUUGAAUAGUAGUUUUCACGUUCACUUGAUAUACAACUCAAAUAUAUUGGCAUGAAUUGGUGUUACAUUGUGGCAUAAGAUGAAUCAUUAGAUGACCGUACACUACCAGCUGCCUGCUAUGGUUUAAAGUGUGGGUUAUCUCUUUGUUUCGCAAUGGGCGUCGGGCGAAGUUGAAUGGAAACCAAUUCGUAUUUUAUCGGUGGAUUCUUCACCUUUGUUUAGUGAAAGCUUGGAACAGAAAGAAAAGGUGCAUUAAAAAAUCGUUCAACUGUGUAUUCAUUCGUGUUUUUCGGAGGUACUGGUUCUUAUUGCAGGUGACUUUAUAAAUGGAUACCAGAUCCCAAAUUGUUGAUUUCUUGAGAAUUACAUUGUAUUGAACCCAAGCACGAAUAUCAUGAAACUUUCAAACACUCUUUUAACUACUGGAUUUCUUGCAGCUGCUGGUCUAGUCAGUGCUAGUCCAAAGGCUUUGCCUGAUGCAUCUCCAUUAAAACAUGGUUCUUCAUAUGCUAAUAGUAUGGGUCCUGUUACAUUUUUAUAUCCUGAAACAAGACAAUGGUCAGCAGAUGUUGAUAAUAUUGCGCCUUGUGGAUCUAAUGCAGGUGUUCAAAAUAGAUCCAAUUUCCCAUUAGAUGAUGGAUUUGUUGCUUUUAUUGCAAAAUAUCAAUCUUUUAAGAUUAAAUUAUCAAUUUCUUAUAAUUCGGAUCCAAAGAGUCAAGAUGAUUUCGAUGAAUGGUAUUAUGGUAAAAAUGUUACUGAUGAAUUACAUAUUGGUCAUACUUGUUUUUACAUGCCAGAUCAACCAAACACUAUUAACUCAGGUGAUGUUGCCACUAUUCAAGUGAUUUAUCAAAACGAUGAUGAGGAUGAGACAGGAUCAGAUGGUGAUCCAAUUGCUGGUUCAACUAAUCAAACUUUCUACGCAUGUUCAGAUAUUAAAUUUGUUGAAGAAAGUGUGUUUGAUGUUACUGAUUUAGCAUAUAGUUGUUUUAAUGCUACUAAUGACAACUAUUAUGCUGAAUCUUCUAUUGAUGCUGAUAGCAGUGUGGCCACUUAUGAUUCUUCAGCCAUUUCUCAUGUUUCGUCAGUUGCAAGAACUGCUUCAAAUGCAGCAUCAGCUACUGGAUCAUCUUCCUCAGCCUCAGCCACUGGAUCAUCUAGCUCAAGCUCCAGAGCAGGAGCUGCUAUUGCUGCUGCCUUAAGCUCACCAGUUGCUGGUUUUGCUGGAGCUUUAGCUAUUCUUGCAAGCUUUAUCUGA